GGAAGGCUUAGGCGGUGACACCGAGCCCAGCCUCCUCCACCCCCCACCACGCUCGGGCCCUCCCUCCCUCCCUCCCCGCCCACCGUCCGCGUUUGGCCGGCCGCGGGGAAGGAAGAAAGGAGCGAAGGAGGCGGAGGCAUGGAUCCGCAGCCCCCUCCACCCGCCCAGGGCAGCCCACCUCACCGUGGCCGGGGCCGGGGCCGUGGCCGAGGCCGUGGUAGAGGCCGGGGCCGUGGCAGGGGGGGCGCUGGAGCCCCUCGGGCGCCCCUGCCCUGCCCGACCUGUGGCCGCCUCUUCCGCUUCCCCUACUACCUCUCCCGGCACCGGCUGAGCCACUCAGGGCUCCGACCCCACGCCUGCCCCCUGUGCCCCAAGGCCUUCCGCCGGCCAGCCCACCUCUCCCGCCACCUGCGUGGCCACGGGCCCCAACCCCCACUGCGCUGCGCGGCCUGCCCCCGCACCUUCCCGGAGCCCGCCCAGCUCCGGCGCCACCUGGCCCAGGAGCAUGCAGGCGGCGAGGUAGAGCUGGCCAUCGAGAGGGCGGCCAAGGAGGCAGCCGAGUCCAGCUGGGGCUCCCAGGACGCUGGUACGGAGCAGCCCACCACCGCGGCGGCAGGGGCCGCGGAGGAGGAGGCCGCGUGGCCCGAGACGUGGCCGGCGGGGGAGCCGGCCACGCUAGCGGCCCCCACGAGCGCCGAACCCCGGGAGUCGGAGGAGGAGGAGGCCGAGGCCGGGGCGGCGGAGCUGAGGGCCGAGUUGGCACUGGCGGCCGGGCGGCAGGAGGAGAAGCAGGUCCUGCUCCAGGCCGACUGGACGCUGCUGUGCCUCCGCUGUCGCGAAGCCUUCGCCACCAAGGGCGAGCUCAAAGCGCACCCGUGUCUGCGCCCCGAGGGUGAGCAGGAGGGUGAAGGGGGCCCCCCGCCCCGUCCCAAGCGCCACCAGUGCUCCAUCUGCCUCAAGGCCUUCGCCAGGCCCUGGUCACUGUCCCGCCACCGGCUGGUCCACUCCACUGACCGCCCUUUCGUGUGCCCAGACUGCGGCCUGGCCUUCCGCCUCGCCUCCUACCUCCGCCAGCACCGGCGCGUCCACGGCGCGCUCAGCCUCCUGGCCCCGCUGCCCCCGGCGGGCAAGAAGGACGACAAGGCCUCGGGUGGACGGAACUCAGGGAAGGGGCCCGAGGGGGGCGAAGGGGCAGAGUGCGGGAGUGCCUCGGAGGGGGGAGAAGGCGGGCAGAACGGAGGAGAUGCCACCACGGCCCGGCCCCCCGCGGGGGAGCCCCGCUUCUGGUGCCCCGAGUGCGGCAAAGGUUUUCGGCGCCGCGCACACCUGCGGCAGCACGGGGUGACCCACUCCGGGGCGCGCCCCUUCCAGUGCGUGCGCUGCCAGAGGGAGUUCAAGCGGCUGGCCGACCUGGCCCGCCACGCGCAGGUCCACGCAGGGGGCCCGGCCCCGCACCCGUGCCCGCGCUGCCCGCGCCGCUUCUCGCGCNAGAAGGCGGGCAGAACGGAGGAGAUGCCACCACGGCCCGGCCCCCCGCGGGGGAGCCCCGCUUCUGUGCGUGCGCUGCCAGAGGGAGUUCAAGCGGCUGGCCGACCUGGCCCGCCACGCGCAGGUCCACGCAGGGGGCCCGGCCCCGCACCCGUGCCCGCGCUGCUCAAGGAAGAGCCACCCUCCCCGGGGACCCCACCCCAGUCGCCGCCGCCGGCUCCCCCUGUCUUCCUCAGCGCCUCCUGUUUCGACAGCCAAGACCAUUCAGCCUUCGAGAUGGAGGAAGAAGAGAUUGACAGCAAGGCCCACCUGCGUGGAUUGGGAGGCCUGGCCUCCUGACCUUCACACCCACUCUUGGCCCCUCCAUUUGGUUCCCGGUUUGCAAUAUGGAGGAGGGAAGUUGAAGGAGAGGCGCCUCCUGUCUACCCACCCUUCCCCUUCCAGCCCUCAACACUAAGGGGGGGGGGGCUGGACCGCCCCUCCCUCCCCAUCGCCCCCCCCCAGGACCCGUGAUGCUGGCUAGGAACUGCUUGCCCCAACAGGCCUCCGAAGGCAGGACGACUUGGAAAAGGAGGCGGAGAAUAUUGGCCAGAGAGUUGGAGACUGGGGGGGGGGGGAUCCCCUGCCUGGCUGUCUCCCAUCAUUCACACUGGACACCAUCACCUCUGGAACUGCCAGACCCUGGGGGUCCCCAGUGAGCAAAGGUCCAUCCCUGUCCUUUUGUCUGUCUGUGAAUAAAUGUGAGUUCGUGAAACA